CAGGGGCCAAGACAGUGACCCGCCGAAAUCCGGCCCUCGCCUGCUUCUUCGGCGGCGCUAGGGCUCUCCGGCCUCUCUUCAGACCGGGCGGAGAAGCGAAAGCAGAUCGUCCUCCGCUGGGCCGCCUCCUCCUCCGCGGCUUUGCGCGCCCUUCCCGAGCACCCGCCCGCCGGGCCUGGGGAGCAGCGGCGGCUGCCCUGCGCGCCUCGCCAGGAUGUUCGCCGCCGGGCUGGCUCCCUUCUACGCCUCCAAUUUCAGUCUCUGGUCGGCCGCUUAUUGCUCAUCGGCGGGCCCCGGCGGCUGCUCCUUCUCCCUGGACCCCGCCGCCGUCAAGAAGCCCUCUUUCUGCAUCGCAGACAUUCUGCACGCCGGCGUUGGGGAGCCGGGGGCGGCCCCAGAGGGCCUGGCGGGAGUCUCGGCUGCCGCCCUCACUGAGCACUUGGGCUUGGUUCACCCGCACGCCUCUUUCCAAUCUGCCGCCAGGUCCCCACUUCGACCCACCCCAGUAGUGGCGCCCUCGGAAGUCCCGGCUGGCUUCCCGCAGCGGCUGUCUCCGCUCUCAGCUGCUUACCACCAUCAUCACCCACAGCAACAACAACAGCAACAACAACCUCCUCCAUCCCGGGCCGGCGUUCUGCAGCCCCAGGGCGCAGGGGCGCGAGUGGCCCCGAAUCCACUCCAAAGCGGCUCGGUCCCGGCUCCCUCCAGCAAAGACCUCAAGUUUGGAAUUGACCGCAUUUUAUCUGCAGAAUUCGAUCCAAAAGUCAAGGAAGGCAACACGCUAAGAGAUCUCACCUCCCUGCUCACAGGCGGGCGGCCUGCUGGGAUGCAUCUCCCCGGCCUGCAGCCUUCUGCCGGCCAGUUCUUCGCCUCUCUAGAACCUAUUAACGAGGCUUCUGCUAUCCUGAGUCCCUUAAGUUCGAACACGAGAAAUUCAGUUCAGCAUCAGUUUCAAGACACGUUUCCAGGGCCCUAUGCCGUGCUCACAAAGGAUACCAUGCCACAGACCUACAAGAGAAAGCGCUCGUGGUCACGGGCUGUCUUCUCCAAUCUGCAGAGGAAAGGCCUGGAGAAACGGUUUGAGAUCCAGAAGUACGUGACCAAGCCAGACAGAAAGCAACUGGCAGCGAUGCUGGGUCUCACUGAUGCGCAGGUGAAGGUGUGGUUCCAGAACCGGCGGAUGAAGUGGCGGCACUCCAAGGAGGCCCAGGCCCAGAAAGAUAAGGACAAAGAGGCGGCCGAGAAACCAUCAGGUGGAAGCCAGGUUUUCGACGGCGAGCAGGACGAAAGGAGCCCCAGUCGCUCAGAGGGCGAGGCUGAGAGCGAGAGCAGCGACUCGGAGUCCCUGGAUAUGGCCCCCAGCGACACAGAGCGGACUGAAGGCGCUGAGCGGUCUCUGCAUCAAACAACCGUUAUCAAGGCCUCGUCCGCUGGCGCCCUCGUCACCGCCAGCAGUGGUGGGGGCGGCGGCGGCGGCGGCAGCGGCAGCAGUUUUAGUUUCAGCAGCGCCAGCAGCCUUGGCACCAGCAGCUCCUCGGAGACGCCCUCCGCUCCCCAGCCCACCUGCAGUAACACUCCCCAAAGCCCGGAGCCUGCCCCAGCGCCGCAGGGCAGCCUAUAG